AUGGCCGACAAUGACGAGAUUUUGAAGCAGAUUGCACUUUUGUCAGGUGCACUGAAUCGUCAGCCUCGUUUAAGCUCGAGUGCACAAUACCAUGGACGGACAUUCCAUCCAUAUCAGAAGCGGCCUUUCCAACGGAGCCACAACCUCACUCUUGUCAACAAGGCAACCAACGCUCCCCUUCCGUCCACAUCAGUUACCAACUCCAAGCAUGUGCCUGCCAGCAAAGCGUAUAAGCCAUCUCGUCACCGGACGCUAGUCAAUAUACCGAGGUCAUCUUCAUUGCCUCUUGAUAUGCCAUCGGGUCAGCCGCAAAACGAAGCCAACGAUCCGUCCACGGCUUUUGUAAAAACGGGCAAUAAGCUUGUGCGGGUUGGGAGUGCGCCACUUAGCAAGCCAAGGCCUCCAAAACCACCGACACCUAUCCGAUCAAAGAAACUGUCGAAAAAGACAUACUCGAGAUCCGCAAAUAAGACGCUCAUCAUCGUGGAUGGAAUGCAGUACAGUAAGAGCGCCGAUGGUAGUAAACUAGUAGCAGCCAAUGCGAAACGAGAUCUAGCAACGCCACGGCGAAAAACUGUAAACAUCAACGGGGUUGCUUUUAUCCGGGAUGCAUCGGGGAGGAAACUUAUACGCAAGACAGAGAUUACGCCACAGAAGAAAACCCCAAAGCGUGUGGUCCUAAAUGGACUGUCUUUCGUGCGAAGCAAAACAGGAAAUCUCGUAUUAUCAAACAAAACGCCUCCCUCUCUCAAGGAAGGUACAAAGGCGAUGCAUAACAGAAAUAAGAUUCUACGGAAGCCGAAAUACUGCCAAUUCUAUCGCUUUGGUCGAUGCGACAAAGGUCUGUACUGUCGCUUCGCUCACGUGCCUGAACGAUUGGCAGUCUGCCCCGCCUUUUUAAAAGGCCAAUGUGAUGUGGAGUCCUGCAAACUUUCCCACAGCCCAAAUAUGCACAAUAUGCCCACCUGUCUGCAUUUUGAGCGUGGACGCUGUAGGAACGAGAAUUGUCCGUACCUGCAUGUCAAGCUAAGUCCCGAUGCUGCUAUCUGUCGCGAUUUUGCGCUUGAGGGUUUCUGUGAGGCUGGUGAUCAGUGCAAGAAUCGGCAUGUUUACCAGUGCCCAGAUUUUGCGGAGGGGAAAUGCAAAAAUAAAAAGUGCCAUCUUCCUCAUAAAGCAAAACCGAAAGAUGAUCGGGAGCGACGUGCUGACGCGAAAGACGGCAACUGGUCUAGAAUGCAACAGCAUGCAGAAGAGGAGAAGGAGGAUGAAGAAUUGAUGCAACUACCUAUUCGUCCUGAUUUCUCAGUAGAUGUUAUGGAAGAACUAACAGAUGAAGAGGAGGACACCUCUGAUGAGAGUGAUAUGGAGGACGAUGUACAAUCGCAUUCAACUGCCAACUCUGAUGAGGUAGAGAGUGGCGAAUGCAGUGAAAAGGAGGAUGAUGAGGAGGAGGAAGAAGAAGACAGUGAGGGUGACACAGAAGAGGAGAACCAGGUGAUUGAAAUCUACUCAGAGUCGGAAGAGGAGUCAAUGGAUGAGGAUUCGGCUCACUCUUCAGCCAUCACUGGGAGUAACAUAUCACCCAUGGAUUUUAUUGAUCUAACGGAUGACUAG